AAUAUUUUCAGAACUUUAUUUCAAGUUGGAGGAAAAUUAACGUACAUCCUAUAGAUGACAACAAAUUCCAGACUUAAAGACUUAACAGCAGAACAGAUCAAAAAUAUACAUGUUCUGGCUCUUGGUGGGGAAAUACAUUCUGACUAUUGGAGAAAGAGAGGGAACACUCUCAGAGUAUAUAUUUCUGAAUAUAUAAAAACUUAAAACUUUUCUGCAAUAUUGAAAUCAAGCAACAGAAUAGAGAAAAAUUUACAAAAUAAGCUAAUUAGGAAAUACCUGCUUUCUAAGAUAUUUAAGAAAUACAUGUCUAUAUGUAGAGAUAAAUACAAUAUAAAUAUAUGUGGUUUAUAAAUAUAUAUGGUGUAUACAAAUAUACAGUCUGUACUAAGAUCUAGAUGAUGCUUUGUCAAGGAAGAAAAAUCAAAGAAAAUACGAACCUAUGAUACAAGGCAUUAUUAUAGGAAAAAACAUAACAUUCCACAGCAACUAGAUUUUAAAAGUGUACAUUUAAUACAGAAUGCAAGAAACUCGCAAGAAAAAUGCAAGAGCCUAAUUUUGGUGGACAAGUGGCAAUUGAUGGUGCAAACACACACUGCUAACAGGCUUGAAGUGUCAUUUGCAGGUCUGGGGCUGGGACGUCCCAGGAGCUUCGGUCAGACAAGGUUUAAACUCCCGUUCGAUGCACUGCCUGCGGUUUGGACCGGAGGAAAAGACUCGAGUCGUCCAAGGGAGAGAUCAACCCUUCUGCGCUCCACGGGUCCUCAUGUAUUUCCGCACCGGGUACGUCCUGAUAUUUGUACUUUCCAGCCCAAACUAACGUCUGUGCGUAGGCUUCGUAUAGGUCAGGUGGGGAGAGUAAUCUCGUGACGAGGCCACAGGAACUUCGACAAAGUUAAACCUUCCGAACCGUGCUACCUGCUUUGCAAAAGCAAAGCAAAGCACACCCCACUUACUCGGCUGUCCACCCGGACUUAUCCGGAAACCCGUGCUUCAAUCCUGCCGCGGGCCUGGGAAAGGCGCGUCUGCUUUGUCCUCACCAACCGAAAAGACUCGGGUGAAAAAAAGCGGGGAGCGUGCCAGAGGCAGCAGGAAGCCGUCUCCGUGCAGACCGCCGAGCAGCUCCGCGGCGCCGCCCAGGCAGCAGCGCGAAGCACGGCCGGGAGCCCCGGCGGGGCACGCUCCGCGCAGGGCCCCGCGCAGCGGGGCCGAGUCCCGGGCGCCCGGCCGCGGCGGAACUACAACUCCCGCGGCCCCUCGGGCGACCGCGCUGCGUCCCCAUCGGCCGGCCUAGCCCGCGGAGCUCCGCCCAGGUCGCGGGCGCCCGAGUCGCCGCCGUGUGCGGGCGCGCGGCAGCGAGCGGACCGGCGGCAUGGAGCCCCGCGGGGCGGACGGCUGCUUCCUGGGCGACGUGGGUUUCUGGGUGGAGCGCACCCCUGUGCACGAGGCGGCCCAGCGUGGCGAGACCCUGCAGCUGCAGCGGCUGAUCGAGAGCGGCGCGUGUGUCAACCAGGUCACGGUGGACUCCAUCACGCCGCUGCACGCAGCCAGCCUGCAGGGCCAGGCGCAGUGUGUGCAGCUGCUGCUGGCUGCCGGGGCGCAGGUGGAUGCCCGCAACAUUGACGGCAGCACGCCCCUGUGUGAUGCCUGUGCCUCAGGCAGCAUCGAGUGCGUGAAGCUCCUGCUGUCCUACGGGGCCAAGGUCAACCCACCCCUGUACACGGCAUCCCCGCUGCACGAGGCCUGCAUGAGCGGAAGUUCUGAAUGUGUGAGGCUGCUUAUUGACGUUGGGGCCAACCUGGAAGCACAUGACUGCCAUUUUGGGACCCCUCUUCAUGUUGCCUGUGCCCGGGAGCAUCUGGACUGCGUCAAAGUGCUGCUUAAUGCAGGGGCCAAUGUGAACGCAGCGAAGCUUCACGAGACCGCCCUGCAUCAUGCAGCCAAGGUGAAGAACGUUGACCUCAUCGAGAUGCUCGUUGAGUUUGGAGGCAACAUCUACGCACGGGACAACCGGGGGAAGAAGCCGUCCGACUACGCAUGGAACAGCAGCGCGCCUGCCAAGUGCCUGGAGUUCUACGAAAAAACGCCUCUGACCCUGUCGCAGCUCUGCAGGGUGAGUUUGAGGAGGGCCACUGGUGUCAGAGGACUAGAGAAAAUCACCAAGUUGAACAUCCCUCCCCGACUCAUCGAUUACCUUUCCUACAACUGAGCUGCAGGCCCGGGAGGCAGGCGGGGGCCUCCCUGGCUGCCAGCCUCGCUGAGUCCAGCAGCUGGGCCGCAGGGACCCCCGUUGUCGGCAGCCGCCCGACUGCUAGAGAAAGAACAACGUUCCCCGAGCUCCUGCUGGCUGUCCUGCUUUGUCUUCUCUGCGGACUCCUGGAGGGUGUUUCCGAGGCCCUGGGCAGGCUCUGCCUCAUCUUCUGCAGGCACUUCGCUCUCACUCCGCCCGGUCCCAGCCAUCCAGCAUCCUCCUCUCACUGACCUUCCUCAGGGGGACUCUCGGGAAGGACCCAGGGGGAGGCCAGGCUGGGGCUGGGGGUGCAGGGCCCUGCUGCCCGGGAGACGGGGGCACCUGGCGCUGUCUCUGAGUCCUUCGGCACCGGGGUGGCCCUGGGUGUCCGAAGGGAGGAGCCUGUGCUGCAGAGGUCGGGUCCUGACCAUGUGGCCCUGGACAUCUGCUUUGAUGACAUCCUGCUACUUGGACACUUUUUUCUGGAGCUGUGGUGGGCACUUUCCAAGGCCCAUCUGUACCCAGGUAGACCCAUUGCUCAGGGGACUUUGCACGGGUCUUGGUCGGGGAAGGCUCGGGCGACUGAUUCCCCACACUAGCACAGUAUUUCUUAGGAACUUUUCAGGCCUCAGCUCUUUAGCAGCUUGUGUUGGGGAUAGAUAGAAUCUUUUAGAGCAUACACAGGCUGCCGCACUUAGGUUUUGUUAACGAGUCUGCAAAACCGCAGAUAACGUGAAGGUGCGUCCGUGCGUAUUCCAGGAGGAGUUGUUUCCAACGUGGAGGACCCUUAGGACACCCUUUAGGGAUGAUUGCUCAUCUGCUUCUGCAGUUCCCAAACGGAUUCUCUUCCUGCCCUAAAGUUUGCUCACUCUCGAGGCUCUGAAAUGGGUAGGAGGGAGGUUGCCAGCGCCCGGCGUUACCAACCACUGACUUGCGCAUCGUGCAGACACUUACGGAACGUCUAUGAUGUUCUAGGAAUUGUCUGAGUGCUUUGAGCUGUGUAGGAAUCAGACUCAUUACCCAAGGCAGAGAAAGAAAACACUACGGUCCGUUCCCGUAGUCAUAGAAACGACGAAUUCUACACUCUCGGCCAUGAGGUGAACUCUUCAGUAGUAUAUUCAGACUGUAUUUGUGUCAGAUUCUCUCUCCUAAUUUAAAAACACAAAAACCAGGCAGUUAAACCAGAGGACGUUUGCAUAAUUAGUUCAGGUGUAUUUGGUUUCUGAGGACACGGGAAGGCACCACUGGUGAACGCUGCUGGGAGUCGUGCCCGAAGCCGCCGAACGUCCCCAGAUGCUCCCAAGGUGGGGAAGUGUGUGGGACGGAAGGAGCCCGGAUGGGGGAAGCCAGCUGUGCUGCACGCCUGGGGUGUCUCUUCUCCUCAGAGUUACUUGGUGGGGCCCCAGAGCUGCAGAGCGUUUCACGGUAGCUGCCAAUGGGCAUUUUCUGUCUCGAAAAUGACAUUGAGGCCAUUGUCACGACGGUGCCUCGUGAAGCGCUGAGAAUGGGUCGCUCCCAUCCAGGUACCAUGUGAGAUCUGAGUUCGGGGUAAAUGGGUGCUUUUGCAUGUACUAACAACAACAACAAAAUCACGGGGUUCUGCCCAUCCGUCCGUGUAACAGAAACUGGCCUCUAGCCAUGAACGCUGAUACACUUCCUCCCAUGGAGCACUGAGUGCAGAAUCAGUCCCCACACUCACUGCUCAAUAAAAAUCGCUUCACAGAGUCCA